CUCCUGGAAAGGAUAACGGAUUUCCUAACAUUCCCACCACAGAAAGAAGAGCAGAGCCUUCCAUCAUUCUGGGAAGUGAAGACAAUGGUCCCCCUCGGAGUCUGUAAGAGCCAUUACCGGUCGCCUUUCCUCUCCGACGUCUUGGACGUUCAGAAGCUGAACAAGGCUCGGAGCAGUUCAUGGCGCAGCAGUAAUCAGGUCGUGUUGAGAAGGAAAGGGCUCGUGGUGAGAGGUUGCACCGGCGAGAAUCAGCAGGAAGAAAAGAAAAAGUUGGAGAGACGGACCUUCCUGACAAUGGAAGAAGCAGGGCUUGUUGAAGCCUCCGGGCUCAGCACCCAUGAGCGCUUCCUUUGUCGAUUAACGAUAUCGUCGCUGAACCUGCUAAGGGUGAUAGCGGAGCAAGAAGGUUGUUCGAUAGAGGAGCUCAACGCUGGGAGGCUAUGCGACUGGUUUCUCAAGGACAAGCUCAAGAGGGAGCAAGACAGCGACUCCAGUGUUCUUCAAUGGGAUGAUUCCGAAUUCCAAUUUUGACCUCUUCGUUUCGUUUUAUCUGAUCAAAUGUUUCAGUCUCUUUCCGGGCAUCAAGAUCUUCAUACUCUUCGGUAUCUUCUGGUUCUUGCCUCACAGAUACUAUCCCGUUAAUCAACGGAGAAAGGUUCUACGAA